AGGAAAACCGAAAUUCUAUUUUCACCAUAUUGAAAAAAUUAAAAAUAAAUAAAUAAAGCCCGAAGUUUAAUUUUAAUUUUAUUUUAGAUAUAUUUUUUUAAGGAGCGAUCGCUAAAUCGUAAAUCCCUCUCUAAAACUCAAAAAAUUCAAAAUCCCUUACUAUGGCCUUUCACGUAGCUUGCCCAAUUACAUGUCGCCGAAUUUGCUUCUGCUCGCUAGGGUUUCCGCAGGAUCUCCACAGCGCGAAAUCCAAGGCUGAGUUCCUGUUCGAGGUUUCGAGAAUCGAAGAGUUUUUGAGAGAUCCUUUUGGAAUUAGGGAUUCUAAGGACGCGACUGUUCAGGUCCUUGUUCCUAAGGUUGCGCCGGUUCCGGCGGUUUCUUUGCCGACGUUGGGUGUUGUUCCGGUAGGAGAUGGAGGUGGCGGUGGUGGUGGCGCUGGUGCUGGUACUGGUGCUGGUGGUGAUUUGGGAGAGGAGGCUUCGGCUCAGACGAAACGUGUUGCGCUUCAGAGAAAAGCCGCUGCUGCUAUGGUCGCUGCUGAGGAUUAUGCCCGCCGUUUUGAGUCUGGUGAUAUGGCGGUUGCCUCUAUAACUGGAGAUGAGCAAGGGCUAUCCAACACAAAUGUAAUGUGCCGAAUGUGUUUUAAUGGUGAAACUGAAGGAAGUGAAAGGGCAAGGAGGAUGCUUUCAUGCAAAAGUUGUGGCAAGAAGUACCAUAGAAGCUGUUUGAAGUCAUGGGCCCAAAAUAGAGAUUUAUUUCACUGGAGUUCAUGGACCUGUCCGUCUUGUCGAAUCUGCGAGAUAUGCCGAAGAACUGGAGAUCCAAAUAAGUUUAUGUUUUGCAAAAGGUGUGAUGGUGCGUACCAUUGUUACUGCCAACAUCCUCCACACAAGAAUGUCAGUUCUGGACCAUACUUAUGCCCCAAACAUACAAGGUGUCACAGCUGUGGAUCUUCUGUCCCCGGAAAUGGUCUAAGUGUCAGGUGGUUUCUGGGAUACACGUGCUGUGAUGCUUGUGGAAGAUUGUUUGUGAAGGGAAAUUACUGCCCUGUUUGUUUGAAGGUUUAUCGAGAUUCAGAGUCAACACCAAUGGUCUGCUGUGAUAUUUGCCAGCGCUGGGUGCAUUGCAGUUGUGAUGGCAUCAGUGAUGAAAAAUAUCUACAGUUUCAAGUGGAUGGAAAUCUCCAGUACAAAUGUGCUACAUGUCGGGGAGAGAGCUACCAGGUAAAGGAUCUUGAAGAUGCUGUUCAAGAACUCUGGAGAAGACGAGAUAAAGCUGAUCGAGGUUUAAUUGCAAGCUUGAGGGCUGCUGCAGGGUUGCCAACUCAAGAAGACAUAUUUUCUAUUUCACCUUAUUCAGAUGAUGAAGAAAAUGGUUCUGUGAUGGUAAAAAAUGAAUUUGGACGUUCUCUAAAGCUCUCACUCAAAGGGUUAGUUGAUAAGUCACCGAAGAAGAGCAAGGAAUGUGGAAAGAAAUCAUCAAGUAAGAUAUCUGCCAAGAAAAAAGGUUCUCAGGCUUCUUUAAUUAGUAAAGCAGAACCACAUGAACAUGACAUUAGUGAUGACGCCGGGCCUUAUAAAAAAGGACCAAAUGCAUAUUCUUCUCCGGUUGCUGGGAUUGUAAACUAUGCUGAUGGAGUUUGCUCUGUUAAUCAGCCAGGGGUUUUGAAACAUAAGUUUGUGGAUGAGGUAAUGGUGAGUGAUGGAGAAAAGACGUCUAGAAUUGUCAAGAUUAAGAGUAAUAAACCUCAUGAUUUGGAUAGUGGGGAUGAUACUGAAAAACAGACCAACAAGUCAAAAUCAGUGAAGGCUAAGAAGUUAGUUAUAAAUCUAGGUGCAAGAAAAAUAAAUGUAACUAAUUCUCCAAGAUCCGACGCUUCAAGCUACCAAAGAGAUCAAGAUUUGACAACUUCCAAUGGCAGCGAAGAUAUAGGCCAACAUGGAAUGAAUGUCAGGUUUGCAGGUGAUAGACAUGAAGGCACUAGCGAUGCAGAUACAGUUGAUCACUCUGGCCAAAUAAGAAGUUUGAAGUUUCCAAUAAAGGAAGGAAAUUUUAUCAAGUUUGGAAAAGUGAAACCUGAAACUUCCAACUUAAAUCCCAAAUUUGAGAGAGGAAGUGGUACAGAUGGAUAUGAAACUGUCCCUUCAGAUCAUACUCGUGUCUCGUCAGGUAAAAGAAGCAUAGAUGGAAGUGGGACUGGAGUUGGGCCUGUAAGUGAAGUCUCUGCAUUGAGAGGUUUAGGGAAGCAACCAGAAGUCAGGCCUGAGACAUAUGCUGAAAGCAAUGAUGAUUCUGGUGAUACACCUAUUUUGCAAUCAUUGCCGAAAGAUUCCAAAUUUUCACUGAAGUUAAAGAUUAAAAAACCUAAUAUUUUAAAUCAGUAUUCUCGAAAACCUCCACCUGAGGAAGAAAAGAGUUCCAUAAGGGGUCAAAGGUCAAAAAGAAAGAGACCGUCAAGCUUGCUGGAGAAGACAUCUUUUAUUGAAGAUGAAGAUGCCACACAAUCACAUCAAGACAGUGAGAUGAUGGAAGCUAGUUGGAUAUUGAAGAAGUUGGGUAAAGAUGCUAUUGGAAAGAGAGUUGAAGUUCAUCAACCAUCUGAUAACUCAUGGCAUAAGGGAGUGGUAUCCGACUUUAUUGGAGGCACAGCAACAUUAUCUGUUACUCUGGAUGACAGUAGAAUAAAAACCUUGGAACUCGGGAAGCAAGCGGUUCGCUUUGUUCCUCAAAAGCAAAAGAGGACAAAAACAUGAAUGUUUAUCUUUUUGGCAAUUGUUGAUCAUCACAUGUGGAGACAUCUUCCAUAUUAGAGGUGAAGUACCAGUCUCCAUUCCUCAAAGACUGAACAGAUUCAAUUUAAUAUUUUCUGGUUGCUUCUAUCACUGCUGAUAGAUAUUUCUUCAAAGAAUUGUUCAUUGGGGCAGUUCACUCAGUUUCAUGAAGAAAUGAUCCUGGACAACCGGAGAUUAUUUCAAAGGAGCAGUCUCUAUUUUUAUUUCUUUUCCAAUACUCCCUGUAUUUUUAAUGCAUAAUUGAUCUAGCAAAUGUAGCUUUUUCUUCCCAAUGUUCUGUAUGCUGUAUUGAGGCAUCUACAUAAACAUGCUUUGUCUUAGUGAUUUUGAUUAUGUUAGUGGCAUUUGCCUUGUUAUUAAAAACUUAGAAUUAGUCCAUGGCUUUUUCAAAGGCAAAAUCUUCGUUUGUGCAA